AUGAAGUCGUCAACCUUUGCGCCGUUAGCGGCCGUCUUCUCGGCACUCUUAGCUCUCCCACAGCUUGCGACCGCAUUUUACCUGCCAGGUGUCGCGCCGACGUCCUACCAGCCUGGGAGCAGUGUUCCCCUAUAUGUCAACAGCAUCAAGCCAGUUGCCGCCCCCGAUGCGCGCCUCCACUCCGUCAUGGCCUACGACUAUUACGAGCCCAAGUUUCAGUUCUGCCAGCCCGAAGGCGGUCCGAAAUAUGUAUCCGAGAGCCUGGGGAGUAUCCUAUUCGGCGAUCGCAUAAUGACGUCCCCCUUCAACCUGCAGAUGGCCCGGAACGAAUCGUGUACCAAGCUAUGCACAGCGACGUACGAUAUGCCCUCGGCCCACUUUGUCAACAAGCGCAUAAUGAAGGGCUAUGCCUUGAGUUGGCUGGUAGAUGGGCUUCCCGCAGGUCAGAACCUGCUGGACGAUCUGACCGGGACGACAUUCUACAGUCCCGGCUUUGCCAUGGGCCAGAUCUCCCAGACCGACCCCGACGGCCCAACCUUCUUCAACAACCACUACGACAUUGUUAUCGAAUAUCAUAAAGUUAGGGGGAAUGCGGAUCAGCUGAGGGUGGUGGGGGUUAUUGUGCAGCCGGCCACCAGGGCAUACAAGUCGGGAAACGAAAACGAUCUGGAUUGCAACGAUAACGGAAUACCACCCGUGGUUCUUUCGGAAGACCCCGACACGACGACAGAUGUCACGUUUACCUACAGCGUCUACUGGACAGAAUCACCAACUGCCUGGGCCACUCGAUGGGACAAGUACCUGCACGUCUUCGACCCCAAGAUCCACUGGUUCUCUCUUGUCAACUCGGCCGUUGUCGUCGUCUUCCUGACUGUGACGGUCACGUCGGUGCUGUUCAGAGCUCUGAAGAAGGAUAUUGCCAGAUACAACCGUCUGGAUCAGAUUAAUCUCGAGGACCUUUCUGGCACAUCGGCUCUUGAGGAUGGCGUCCAGGAGGAUUCUGGCUGGAAACUGGUACACGGCGAUGUGUUCCGUACUCCGGCGCAUCCUCUAUUGCUCUCGGUCUUCCUUGGCAAUGGCGCGCAAUUGUUUGUCAUGACCGGUUUCACCAUCUGCUUCGCGCUGCUGGGUUUCCUGUCGCCCUCGAACCGUGGCUCUCUUGGAACCAUCAUGGUGUUCCUCUACACGCUGCUUAGCUUUGUUGGCGGCUAUGUCUCGGCAAGGGUCUACAAGUCGAUGAAUGGUGAGAAGUGGAAGCUGAACAUGGGAUCGACCCCUCUCCUCGUUCCCGGCAUCGUCUUUUCGACAUUCUUCUUCCUCAACCUCUUCCUGUGGGCCAAUGGUGCCGCUGGUGCUGUACCAUUCACCACCAUGCUGGUCAUCGUUGGCAUCUGGUUCAUCAUCUCUGUGCCGCUCUCAGUCGCCGGGUCCUGGCUUGGUUUCCGCGCUCCAGUCUUUGAGCCUCCCGUGCGAACAAACCAGAUCCCGCGCCAGAUUCCCCCAGCUACCACCUACCUGAAGCCGAUUCCGAGCAUGCUCCUAGUGGGUAUUCUGCCCUUUGGUGCCAUCUUCGUCGAGCUCUACUUCAUCAUGAGCUCCAUCUGGUUCAGCAAGAUCUACUACAUGUUCGGCUUCCUCUUCCUAUGCUAUGGUCUGAUGAUCAUCACCUGCGCCGCGGUCACAGUGCUUAUGGUGUACUUCCUCCUGUGCGCCGAGAACUACCACUGGCAAUGGAGAGCUUUUCUGGCAGCUGGCAUGAGCGCUGGCUACAUCUUCGCUAACGCCUUGAUAUACCUGAUAAGCAAGCUAUCCCUAGGUGGCUUGUCUGGUACAGUCCUCUACAUCGGAUACAGCGCCCUGCUAUCGUUCCUCUUCUUCAUUCUGACAGGGUCCAUUGGCUUUUUCGCCAGUUGGUGGUUCGUACAGAAGAUCUAUGGCUCAAUUAAGAUCGACUGA